AAUAGCGUGACGUAAACACACGGCGCCAGUGCGUCAGGCUGGUAUGGCACACGUGGGUUUAAGGCUUUGUUAUAGUUAGCUGUUUUGGUCCGUUUCAUUAGAAAAUAUGCCAAAAAGGGUGAAAGUGUCAGAAGCGUCCGCUUCCGAAGCGGCACCGCGGGAAGAUCCGCCCAUGGAGACGAGACGGACCCGCAGCGGCCGCACGCUUCGGCCUCCUGCCGCCCUGCCCGUCUCCAAUACCCCGGCGAAGACUCCCAGCAGAAGAACCAGGAGGUCCGUCCUCCCAGAGGUGCAGGCAGCGGAUGAAACAAACACAGACAAGAAAGAGCAGCAAAGCGAGAGUCCUGCUCGGGAGAAGUCCAGCAGCAUUCCAACAGAUCCGGACUCCGCAGAACCCACGGAGCCGAAGUCAGAGCCUGAAUCAGCGGGUACAGAACCAGCUGACUGUGGUAGGGAGCCCCAGGUGUCCAGACCCGCACCGGUAGAAACGGUACCAGCGAGUUCAGAGACAGUCCCAAAGAAGAAACCUCAUCUGGCCCCAAAUGCCAAACAAUUCCCAGCGGUUCCUUUGGGUAAACCCAAAUCAGGAAGAGUAUGGAAGGAUCGAAACAAGCAGAGGUUCUCUGCGUUGGUCAGAGACAAACCUUUGUCUUCCUCUUGGGAAAAGAAGAUGCAGGCCAAGCAGGAAAAGGAGCUUGUAAAACAGUUUACCGUGAGACUCAAAGAGGAGAAAGCCCGAAAGAAAGAGGAAAAGAGGAAAAGAAGAGAAGAAAACCUGAAACGGCGUCAAGAGAAUGAACGCAAAGCAGAAAUUGUUCAAGUGAUCCGGAACACAUCCAAGAUCAAGAGAAUGAAGAAGAAGCAGCUCAGAAAGAUAGAGAAGCGCGACACGCUGGCUCUGCUGCAGAAGUCACAGAAGCAGAACGUGAAAACCAAGACGCCCAAAAAGGCAGAGCAAGAUUUUACAUGAAUGCUUGUCAACAAUAAAAUGAGUGUAACCGAGCAAUACAGUCCAAAUGGGUUCAAAUGAAGGCAACUGGACUUCUUUGGUGUCUUGAAGAUGUCUCUUCUCUGCUACGGACCUGACUGGAAUAUGAGAGUCCCCCUAGACUUUGGACUGGACGGUGAAACUCUCGGGAAAUUUUUAGAUGAGGAUCUUGAGGCCCUAAAGGGAGCAUGAACACUAAGUUCAGCCACAUAACAAGGCAUCAAGCUUAUAAACUAGCUAUUUAUUGUUGCUUAACGAGCUGAAACUCCCUAUGAAUACCCCUCUGUCUUCAAGAAACCAAAGAAGUCCAGUUGCUUUCAUUCAAACUCCUUUGGAUUACCACGACCUGGAUGACUGAGAACCUUCACCAGUAUAAAACAAUACAAGUUUUAAAAAUACAAAAUCAGGAACUUUCAGGGGAAAAUCACUUAUUAGAAAAGCUGUAAAACAUCUUGUGACUGAACUGAUCAUGUCUUAGAAACCAGUCAGAGAUAAUGAAUUUAAAAAUAGACUGCAUUUAUAGAUCAUCUUUCAGUACCCAACCCCCCCCCCCCAAGGCCCUUUAGUAACACGUCAGCCAUUCACACAUUCAUACACUGGUGGUCAUGAGCUACAUUGUUGCCACAGCUGCUUUGGGACACCGACAGAGGCAACAGGUCCCUCUAACCACCAAAAGGGGACUAGGAGGGUGACGUUUUUUGCCCAAGGACACAACGACUGCAGCAGAUUGAUAGGACUGUAACCUGCAACCCUCUGGCUUAAAACUUUUUUUUCAUGUCUGAACAACAGUCUAACAUAAUCUAGGUAUAAAUAUGUUGUGGAGAUUUAAAAAAAGGAAAAAAAAAUAAAAUGGUGGAUCUCUCA